AUGACGUUCAAGAACCAAGACCGCGGUGCCGCCGAUUCUCCGGAGCUCAUCGAUAUCGCAGAUUUGGAAGAGAUUACCUCAACCAGCAAAGAGGAGCCGACACAGCGGGAGGCCAACGAUCGCCGACUAGCUCAGGCAAUUAAUUAUCUUGUCAAGGAAGGAGGUAGUGAUUCCCCUGCUACGUUCAUGGACCGGGUUGAUCGUAUCGACAAUUCUCUUCUUCUGCCACUUACUCAACAAGGACGCAAUUUCGACAUUAAACUAUUCAAUCGCGUACUUGACAUGGUCAGUGAGGCACAGCUCGAUUUUGAUAAAGCUGCCCAAGAAGAUUCAUCAGAAGAAGAUUCGCCAUCAAUGUCCAAUAGAAAAUCACCUGCGCCGGAGAGUGCAGAGGAACCACGAGAAUACUACACGCCAUCUGCAGCAGAAGCUCUUUACCGAAAGGGUGACGGUUUGGAUGAGCCUCACUCCAAGCCUCACAUGCCAGUGUCUGCAACAAAAGGACCCGCAGCAGAGAGAGGACAUCGUGUGCCUAGCGAGCGUGUUUUCAAAUAUGGCGGUCCGGACAACGAAGUCGAAAGCUGGUACAAGGACUAUCCAGCCUCACUACCGUUUCCUGAAACCUUCCAACUGGCGCAUUGGGAGAGUCUCAAAAUCAACUACGAUAUCUCGGAAUCUGGCAGACAGAUGAAAGCAGAGGGCCAGACUGUUGAGACUAAUGUAUCUUUCGACCAUCCUGCUCUUCGGCAGUACAAAACUCUUCCACCAUAUGAGUCUGGAUCGCGCUUCAAGCUUCCGAAAGCUAGCGCAAUCGUUGAAGAAGAGGUCAACCGGCUGGGAACACAAAAGAGCCUUGAAAAAGUUGUGCAAGAUCUUAACAGGAGCAGUGACGAAGUGAGUGUGGAAGGAAAAUAUCGAUAUGCUCCCCGAAUCUUUUUGGAGCAAUUUAUAGUGGGGGCUCAAGUAGAUCCCACAGCGAUUCGUCAUGCUGUUAACAAAACACCUACCAAGGCUCGCAAUACUAUCAAAGGUAACAUUUCUCAGCGUGGUUCCGCAAACAGUACUCGGAAGGGACCCGCAGUUGGAACCUCGACGAAGCAGACCUCAAAGCACCCUCAAAGCUCAACAAAGCACACAAAUCUGGUGCCACCUACAUCGGAAGCUCAAAACACGUCGCCCAUAGUAAGAAAGAUCAAUCGGAAGCGCGCAACAUCGCUUGAGCGUAGCCCGAGACGUCAGAGUGGUGUCAGUACCGUGCCUCCAAGUCCUGACUCACCAACAAAGAAAAUUGUCGUUCAUCCACAAGCAGUCAUAGAGAAGCGCGUAAGUAACAGUCCUAAAAAUCCUGCUGCUCUCGUGUCCUCCAAGCCGCAAGUUGCCCCGAACUCGAUCAGCUUCGUCACCCAAAAGGGUACUACGAAGAAACUUACCAAGCGCAAACGCAGUAUCAGUGAACAGGAUUACACUGUUGAUCACAAACGCUCGAAGCCUGUGAAAUCCUCUGUACUGAGGAGCUCUGUUCGGACUAGAGCGCAAGCAACUUCAGAUAGACCCGUUCCCUUCGUGGCUGAGGAGUCUAAUGAACUUGACGACUUUGGCGAAGGCGAUGUCACAGAAGCUCUCAAUCAAAUUCCUGCCGCGGUCAUUCCUGUCAAAGCCAAGACUGCCACGAAAUCAAAGGUCAUGAAAUCUAAAGCAGCGACUAAGAAAGUGACCAAGAAAGCUACUAUUGCAGGUAAAGUAGCGGGUAAAGCGCAGAGAAAGGUGGUAGUGAAGGAAACAACCGACGAAGAAAACUAUACGCUCUCGGUCACUCAGAAGCAGAAGUCGAAGCUUGAGAAAAAGGCUGGAAGUACUAGAAGUGGGUUAAGGUAUCUCAAGGAUGCGAUCGUGAACUGCCAGUCUGCUCGCAAUGUAUAUCUGCAGGAACCUCGUGUCGGUAUCCGCCGAUUAAUAAAAGGCAUCCCCUCGGGAUACAUAUCAUUCAUCGAACAGCGUUUACUCGAAACUGAGUUCGUCGUGCUGGAGCUUCUUUCCACCAUCUACAGCUCCCAGGUACCGAUCGAAACGCAACGCCUUUCUGAUACAGAUCGUCGGGUGUUAGCAGAGAGUGUACAAAAGCAGGCUAAGUCGAGUAGGGUAGAGGAAUGGAAGCGUCAUCCUCUCAACACGGACGAGGAGCGUCUAUCUUGGUGGUCCAAAAGACAAGAUGUUUUGACGAAGGGUGUCGAAGCGAAUGCUAGCUAUAUCGCCCAAGUCAGCCCAGCAUCGACAGAGCCGUGGGUAACGGAGUCGAGUCCAGCAGUGGCACAGUAUGAGGAUUUACAACUAUCAGCCAUUGAGCGGUUGAACGUCCCACCUGCACAGCAGCCCCAGCCAACGCGAUCUGCGUGGCAGGCAGUGUCAGAUAUAUCAGAAAACAUAGAACCAGCUUCAGUCACCCAAGAUCAGAUCCAGGACAUGGCAGGUGUGCCGCCGGUGAUGGCCGAAGCCACCGCGAGGUCCAACAAGCGACAGGCUCAUCACGAUGAGUCGGAAUCCAACACAGCGGCGCCCGAUGUCGGCGCUGUGAGGAAACGCAGAGCGUUUCUUCAGACGAUGGGUCAGCAGCUUCGGGAAUUUGGAACUGAAGGAACGAGCCCUCAGGAUCAUAAUCGCAACACGUUCGGCACCAGCCCUGGAAGUAACCUCAGACCUCCAUCCAGCGCAGGUAAUGUCGCGGCAAACCAGGCGUCCGUUCGUCAUGUCGAUACGCCAGAGAGUGAUGCUGCGCCUGGAGAAGAUGAUCAGUUACCUGCAGGCGCAGCAAAAAGUGCGUCAAGAUGGCUCUGGAAACUGGACGAAGUGCGUCCGCUUGAACUAGAGAGCGUCACGCCGACGAUUGCUUUUGACGACCUUCUCGAAUGGAGCCAGUCUUACUUCGACCAUUGGCAUCCUGCUUUUCCGUUCCUUCAUGCACCGUCACUCCUCGACUAUUUUCGUCAAAUAGCGCAGAGAGGCGUUCGCAUCGCAGCUCAAUCUACAUCAAACGAACUCCAACACAUUAUAGUACGCUCGAUCAUGUCAAUAUCCAUCCAUGAUCGGCGACAAAUGAGCCCCGCAAGCAAACUGAUGCCUGCAAUCCUUGUCUUCCAUUCAAUCAACGAUGCCAUCCGGAGCGUACAACUGGUGCUGACUGAGGAAAGCUCUAUUCUCUCAUUACAAGCUCUUGUCAGCGUACAGUUGUUUCUGAUUACGAUGCACAGGUAUAAUGCUGCUUCCCGUUUGGAAGGCUUGGCUAUUCGUAUGGCUUUCCAGCUAGGAUUACAUCGUUGUCCGUUGCAACUACCGAUACCAAGCAAAGAAGCAGAGCUAAGGAAACGACUUUUCUGGUCUGUAAUCUGUAUUGAUAGACACAUAUGCAUACGGCUCGGCACUCCACUAGGGAUACGGUCGGAUGAGGCCAAUGUCUGUUAUCCGCACACGGAGCAGCAUACUGAAUCGGAGCCUCAAACAGAUGACCUCGAGCGCGAUAACCGACUAGACUUGCUGGACUUUCUCGCUCGACACGCUGAUAUUCGUGGGUCUAUUAUGCAAACGCGACACCAAUCUAUGUUACAUGGUAGCACCGACGAUAUCGACCAAGCCCUUGAAGUAGAAGCCGAGCACACCAAAUGGUGGAACACGGUCGAUGAACACCUCUCCGAUGACCAACAAACACAGACUAUAUCCAAAACACAUCAAGUCACUCUCAUUGUCCUUCGCUUUGAGUCGGUCCUCGCUCUACAUCGCUCAGUAUUAGCCACAUCGAAGAAGAACUCAGCAUACAAUGCGGCGCUGCAACGAUGUAUAUCAGCCUCACGCUCUAUAAUCAACACAUUGCAUAAAGCUCUCCGGGGGUUUGGAGCGUUCGAUGGCUCACCUGGUCAGCAUGGGUAUGAGAGAACCCCUCUGCUUUGGCCCUCAUUUACUUGGGCAGUGUGGAUGAGUACGUUCAUCAUUCUAUCCGCCGCUGCAGAGGAACAAGUCUCGCGCGAUAUCGCACUGAGGCUGUCGGAUCGAAGUGUGCAAAUCCUUAAGCAUUUAUCUUCGAGGGGUACGAGUUGGCCAGAUGCAUGCAUCGUCGCCGUCCAGAAUCUUGCUGCGCGACUGGACAAGCAAUCGAAUCGGGGCUCCACGAACACGUCUGGAGACGGUUUGCGGACGGCAGUUCGUUCAACUCGUAACUCUUCGCUUGGAGUUGGUAAUGUGCCAGCUCAGCGACAAACAUCAGAAGCUCGUCUGGCAAAUCACACACCAGUACGACCCAAUCCAGUGACAGGCACAAACACUCCAGUAGGACAGCCGCAGAGAUUGAACAACCAGUUACAUCCAGCAUCCUCUUCUACAACCUUUACGAACACAGCGAACGAGUCAAGUUUUCCGAACGUCAACCUGCACCACACGGAUGUGCAAGCUGUGAAUAGCCUGGGAACUGACUACCUUGCGGGCGCAGGCAACUUCCUUGGUAUUGCGCAACAAUAUUCUGAUAAUCCAUUACCCAACGAAGAGAUCAUGCAUCUUUUUAAUGGUGAAGACAUCAAUUACUGGUUUGGAAACGAUUCGGGAAUGCCCGGCAAUUCUCUUUAUUAUGAUCAAAAUUUCCAUUGA